AUGCUGCCCCUCACCUCCAGUGGCCCCUCACGCCGCGGCAGCCUGCUGCACCUGACCAACAGUCCUGGCGGGACCCCCUCCCUGGGCCUGCAACCGAUCCGCGACCCCAGCAACCUCCGCUUCCUGGCCGGGCUCCUGGCGGUCACGACCUGCCUCCUGUUCCUGGGCCUGCACCCCGACACCUACCCCCUGAGCGGCGCCUUCCCGCGCCGGCGCGGCCUGUCGGGCCUGGUGGCGGACAGUAGGCUGCUGGCUCGCCAUGCGGAGGCGGCUGCGGGGGCCGACCAGGGCCCCACACCACGGCCCCUCCCCGCCUCGCCCGCGCCCACGCCCCCCGCCCUCCCCGCCGGCCUGCCCGAGGACUUUGAUGCCGAGGCGUACCGCGCCUACCACCCCCACCUGGACCUGCCCAGCGCCCGCGCCGCCGCCGAGCACUACCUGGCGCACGGGCGGGAGGAGGGCCUGGUCGCGCACCGCCUGCGUGUCCUCCUGCGCUACACGGCCUGCACGGGGCUGAUCAACCAGCACUACUCCCACAUCGCCGCCUUCUCCCUGGCCUCCGUGCUGGGCGCGGAGGUGGUGCUGCCCCCCGCCGUCUGCCGCGACUCCUUCGCACACUACUUCUCUGUGUUCAAGGAGAAGAACGAGGUGCAGUGGGCACCCGUCCCCCUGGAUUCCCUCCUGGACGUCCCUGCCCUCAUCGCCUGGUGGAAGGCCAGGGGUAUCCACGUGCACGAAACGCCGGCGCUGACGCCCUUCCCCGACCUCACCCAGCCCGGCGUCGCCUUUCCCCUCUACGCCCAGCCCGGCGUGGACCCAGACCUGGUGGUCAGGGUGGAGGGCGUGUACCUGAAGAACAUGGAGCUGGGGGAGCUGGUGGACCUGGCGCGGGAGGCGGUGGUGGGCAGGGCGCGGGAGCGCCUGCUGGCGGCGCGCGGCUCCUCAGGCCCGCCCUCGGCCGCGGUGCCCUAUGUGGUGCUGGACCUGCCCUGCUCCUUCUUCAUGCUGCGCACGCUGAGCGACCUGGGCCUGGUGUCCGGCGUGGCGCGCAGCCUGGCCUUCGCCCCAGCCCUGCACGCGCUGGCGGACCGCGUGGUGGACGAGAUGACGCGCGGCGGCGUGCUGCCCUUCAACGGCGUGCACCUGCGCAUCGAGAAAGACGCCCGCGACUGGGCCAUGAUCAUGGGAGGGGAGCAGGUGGUGUGGCAGAGCUACGUGAAGACGAUGCGCGGCGUGGGCCAGAACGAGAGCGUGCCGCUGUAUGCCGCCAGCGGCAUGCUGACCUACGGCGCCUCCACCGACAUGCUGCGCACCGUGGCCUUCCUCAAGCACAUGCGCGUCUGCUCCGAGAUCCAUCACAAGGAGAUGUACAUCCCCAAGGCCGAGCUGGAGCUGCUGAACAGCGAGCAGGAGGCGCUCCUGGACUUCAUCGUCCUGUCCAAAAGCCGCCUGUUUGUGGGCUUUGGCUCCUCCACCUUCUCUUUUUACCUGCGAGAGUACCGCUCGCUCCAGAACAUGUCACGCUCGACCUCGUCCCUGGUGGAUGCCUCCAUCAUCGGCACCGAUGCGCUCUUCGCCUCGGCUGGCACCGUGGUCUGA